AUGGCUCAUUUCCUAAGGGGAAAGCAAGCCGGUAUACAAAAGGACUUCUCCGGCAGUCUCGCGCCAGAGCUAUUCGAUAUCGAUGAUGUCCUGAGGUGUGGUAUCAAUUCCCAGACAAGCGCUCUCGCCUACGAUCCGGUCCAGUCCCUUCUCGCGGUCGGUACCAGCGAGUCGCAGUUUGGCCUGGGGCAAAUCUACGUUUUCGGCCAGGGACGAGUCUCCGUCACCUUCUCCUUGCCUCGAAAGGCUUCCGCAAAGUUUCUACAAUUCUGCGGGGACAAACUCAUUAGCGUCGACUCGAAGAGCGAAAUCAGCGUCUUCUCCCUACAAACGAAGCAACUACUUGUCUCAUACGCUCCACCGAGCCACGCCAGCGCACUGCUCUCCGACCCCAGUCUCGACUAUGCGUUCAUCGGAUUACAGAAUGGCGACGUUAUCGCUUACGAUCUUGACCGUGAAACCGUGACCCCGUUUAGAAUACCCAACUUAUGGGCUGCGCGCAAUCCCCGAGCUCGCAUUUGCCCCGUCAUUAGCCUGGCCUUCUCACCCCGUGACAUCGGCAAGGUUCUUAUUGGGUAUCCUGAUGGUGCGGUUACAUUUUCGUUCAAACAAAACGUCGCGCAGCAUUACUUCGAGUAUGAAGUACCGCCAGGCGCCUUAGGCGGAAAUGGCAAUGUUCCGUCGAGGGAUGCGCGGAGGCCGAGACUGACAAAAGCGCUAUGGCACCCGAACGGCAUAUUUAUUCUCACGGUUCACGACGACAAUAGUUUGGUUUUCUGGGACACUAAAGACGGCCGCAAGCUUCUAGCCAGGUCUAUAACGACGGCCAACAUCGACCAGCCUGGUAUUGCUCCCGAACGGCCUUCCACAUCGGAUUCGGCCGUCGGCUUCAAAGACCCCAUCACGGACAUUGCUUGGUGCGUAAAGGCAAAUGGCGAUGACAGUGGUCUCUUGAUCGCCGGUGGCAAGCCGAAGGAUGAGAAAAGCAAGAAUCUUACCUUCAUCGACUUCGGGUCGUCGCCUAACUACCAAACAUCCUCUUGGGCCAUGAUCAACACUUACUUAGAGAACCCAAAAUCCGUUGCAGAACUUCCUAUUCCGCCAGGUGCUGAAGUUGUCAAUUUUUGCCUCAUUCCCCGCAGUUCUCCCUACUAUGCAGGUGCUCACGACCCAAUCGCGGUUCUUGCCCUCUUAACCUCGGGAGAGUUGAUUACACUAAGCUUCCCAAGCGGACAUCCUAUCCCACCUACUAACAUGCUACCGUCCUCUCUCACGCUUGUUCAUCCAUUUGUAAACAAAAUCACACUGACUCCAGUUGAGCGUGCCGCUUGGUUGGGGCUGAAGGAACGAAGAUCUCAAGGACCAAAAUUUAUCCUUGGUGGCGCAGAAGCAAGAAAGCACCUCAAACGCCUGGAGAGCCGCAAUAUCAUCACGGCAGCUCAUGCAGACGGCACCGUCCGGGUCUGGGAUGUCGGGCACAACGAUGAGAUUGAAAACUCGGAAUCGAUUCAAGUCGAUUUGGCCCGUGCUCUGGGCCGCGUCGGAGUGGCCGAUGUCACAGAGAUGUCCUUUGGAGGCUCUAGUGGGGAGCUAUCCGUUGGACUCAGGAGCGGCGAAGUUGCAAUAUUCCGAUGGGGCAGCAACAAGGACUUUGGCUUGGAGUCACCCCCCGGGGCCAACAAUGGGCCUGGAGAGCUUACCAACAUCACACAUAGAACCGAUCCCAGCCUAAAGCAGGGCCUUUUGCCUUUGACUCUCCUGGAUAUGCAACAGGGACAAGUGACUGCGCUAAAGCAUAGUCCGAUCGGGUUUGUUGCUGCUGGGUUCGAGGGUGGACGUAUCGCCAUUAUCGACUUGCGUGGGCCAGCCAUCAUCCACACGGCGACUUUGUCGGAGUUGUCUAAGCAGAAUAAGCGCAGCAGUUUCCUCAAGUCUCGCAGCUCUAGUGAGACUGUCCCGGAAGUACCCACGAAUAUCGAGUUUGGAAUCAUGACUCUAGAGGGCGAAGAAUUCUCCAGUAUCUGCUGUUUUGUGGGAACAAACAGAGGCAACCUGGCAACAUUCAAGAUCGUUCCGUCGGGCGGAGGUAGCUUUACAGCCUCAUUUGCAGGCGCGGUUGCAUUGGAUGAUAAAAUCAUCAACAUCAUACCCAUCAACGCUGAUGACGGCAGCCUAGCAUUAGCUACUGGCGAUGCUUUUGCAGGCUUAAGGAACGGGACUAGGAUUCACGGCGCAGUGGUUGCGGUCACCACCAACGGUUGCAGAAUCUUCAAGCCUGCCACGUCCAAGGGCGCGCACCGCUCUUGGGAUGAUUAUCUCUGCGACUCUGCCUCUGUUGUCAACCUUCCGGGCCGAGGAUACAGUCUAGUCGGACUGUUUGGUGAUGGCAACACUCGAGCAUUCUCCAUCCCCGGGCUCAAGGAGAUUGGUUGCGCCAAAAUCGGGCAUAUGGCUGACAUGAGUCGCCUAUCUCAGUCCACUGUCGCGCCCAACGGCAGCGUUCUUUUCUGGACAAGUCCGUCCGAAGUAGGGCUACUCAACGUUUGGGGCGCCGGUAUCGAACUUCCACCGUCGGAGGACCAGCUGUUCAAUCCCCAAGCAGUACCCCCUCCUCGACCUACAAUUACCAAUCUGCAGUGGAUCUCUGGUACUCAAUACAUCUCGACGGCCGACAUGGAUAUCCUGAUCGGAGGCCCCGAUCGACCGCCGUCGAAACAAAUGGUAGAGCAGAUGCGACUUGAAGAUCAAGAGCGCCGACAAGCCGCUAGAGAAGGCAGAGCGGCUCCGCGACAAAACACCAACGAGGAAGGAUACCUUGCGUACAUGCAGCGCCAGAUGCAAGAACGUACCGAGAAACUUUCGUUCGCUGGCGAUAACAUGGACAGGCUGGAGGAGACGAGCAGCGGCUGGGCGAGGGACGUCAACAAGUACGUCCAGAACCAGAAGAAGAAAGCGGUUCUUGGUAUUCUCGGGUCCAAAUUCGGAUUAUAA